ACUCGCAGCCGCGCACAGCGCACUUCUGCAAAACCGAUGGCGAGGAGAGAGACUCUGGCGAGCGCCGAUGGCGGGCCGCCGGAGGUGACUCUAGAAACUUCUAUGGGACCUUUCACGGUCGAGAUGUACUACCACCACGCGCCGAGGACUUGCCAGAAUUUUGUGACCCUCGCUCGCAAAGGUUACUACAACAACGUCAAGUUCCAUCGAAUCAUAAAGGCUCGUACCUCGCUUCCGUUUACUGAUUUUAUAGUGCAAGGAGGUGAUCCAACCGGAACUGGGAGAGGCGGCGAAUCCAUCUAUGGUAAGCACUUUGAGGAUGAGAUAACUAGGGAGUUGAAGCACACUGGAGCUGGUAUCAUAUCAAUGGCGAAUGCUGGUCCGAAUACAAAUGGGAGCCAGUUCUUUAUAACUCUGGCACCUGCACCCUCUCUGGAUGGGAAGCAUACUAUCUUCGGAAGAGUAUGCAAAGGAAUGGAAAUUAUCAAGAGACUUGGCACUGUUCAAACUGAUAACACUGACCGGCCUAUCCACGAUGUGAAGAUACUGAGGGCAACUGUUAAGGAGUAGCCAAUGAAGCAUCGAAUUUCAGAUGAAUAGCUUCUGAAACUGCUCAAGUGACUUAUCACUGAUUUUGGAAAAUUUCUGUUAAGAUGAAGCAUUCAUGGCAACACACUACUGUAGGAUUUGUCUUUUAUGGUUUGGCUGUUGUGCUGCUAUUCGUAUGUUACGAUACUUUCUGUAAUUGAUACACUUAUGUGGAAAUUUGUUUCGCUUGGGAACUAUUUUGUGACUGAUCUAACCGUAACUCGGGGAUAUUGUACAUUGUCGCAUGUCUUCCAACGUCCCAAUAUCUAUGCACAACUUCAACUUAAAUCUUACA